CCUUAAAAGGCUGCGUCAGAGCAAUGACAAAACAAAUCCGCAGAAGCUGAAGCUUUCUUUCAUUAUUACAUUAGAGGACAUUGCUGCCUCUGAAUAUUAAAGGGGCUACUGCAGAACAAAUAUAUUAUGCAGUUAAGUGAACUAACCAGUAAAUGAAAACAUUUCAUGUUAAUAUUUAACUGAUUUCACAUGACGUUUCCACAUAAGGAACAAAAUGAAAGACUUUAGCCUGAAUUUUCCCUGAAGGACAAUGGAUUACACAUGAGAUUUCUUUAUUAAAUUCUGCUGCAAAUGUCUAGCUUCUCUUGUACAAGGUCUGCGUGUUCAGUGCAUACUGAAGAGUACUGCUGACUGACGCACAGUUAGGGCAUAGAAGCAAAAUGGAUGAAUCUUCCAUCUAGUGUUCCAGAAAAUGGAUUAAUAUGCUGAACAGGAAAAAUAAGCCAUUCUUCCAGCUUGAAAUCCUGUGCUCUCUAGGAAGUAUAUAUCCUAUGCCAAAUACUUCAAGGAUAAGGACUAAUGACUUGGGAGAUUGGACUGCUGUAAUGUCAUGCUUAUGAUCUGAGGUAAUUUGAACUAUGUUUAAUUGAACUAUGGUCAGAAGAAAGUUUCUAGAGAGCAAAAAAUGAACCAACUUGAUGCAACAAAAUCAGGAUUUUUAGUGUGCAUUGGCCUCUGUAUUUUCAUCCUCACUUUUAUCUAUGUAAGAAACACAUUUUCUAAGGUACCAAGUGAACAAAAAUCCUUCCCAGAUACAGCAGAAUGCGGUGUUUAUCCAGAUGAGCUUUGUUCAGCGCUUUUUGAGGGGAAAAGUGCUGCACCUCAAAUUGGAAAUUGGUGUCAGAUUAUUCACCAACCUGAAAUGCCUGACUGCAUAUGGACUCCAUGCAAUUGCUCUACAGUCUUGAAGAGUCUGCAUUUUAUAACAAGACCACUAUCUGAAGAAGAAGGAAACUUCUCCUUGGCAUACAUCAUCACAAUUCACAAGGAGUUAGAAAUGUUUGUGAAGCUACUCAGAGCCAUUUAUCUGCCUCAGAAUGUUUACUGCAUACACAUAGAUGAAAAGUCACCACAGGAUUACAAAACUGCAGUGGAAAACCUAGUUAACUGCUUUGAAAACAUUUUUAUUUCAUCAAAAAGAGAAAAUGUUGUUUAUGCAGGAUUUUCAAGGUUACAAGCGGAUAUUAAUUGUAUGAAGGAUUUAGUUAAUGCCAAAACUCAAUGGAAUUAUGUUAUUAAUCUGUGUGGCCAAGAUUAUCCCAUCAAAACAAACAAAGAAAUUAUACAGUACAUCAAAAGUAAAUGGAAUGACAAAAAUAUUACGCCUGGGGUGGUCCAACCUCCUCAUAUGAAACAUAGGACGCAUCUUAGUUACAAAGAAUAUGUACAUUCAGGAACAUCCUACGUGUAUCCAACCAAGGAUAUGAAAGAUGAUCCUCCACAUAACUUAACUAUAUAUUUUGGUAGUGCUUACUAUGUACUCACUAGAAAGUUUGUGGAGUUUACACUGACCGACGUACGUGCAAAAGAUUUGCUUGAAUGGUCAAGGGACACAUACAGUCCAGAUGAGCACUACUGGGUCACACUGAAUCGUUUAAAUGAUGCUCCAGCUGCUACACCAAAUGCACAGUGGGAAGGAAAUAUACGAGCUAUUAAAUGGAAAGAUCAAGAAGGAGUUGCACAUAAUGGCUGCAAAGGUCAUUACAUACGAGAUAUUUGUGUCUAUGGACUGGGGGACUUACAGUGGAUCAUUGAAUCACCUAAUCUAUUUGCCAACAAGUUUGAGCCCACAACAUAUCCUCUUGUUAUGGACUGCCUAGAGAGACGCUAUAGGCUUAAAGUAUUGCAGCAAGCUGAAGUCCCACUAGAAGCCCACUGGCAUUUUCAGGAAAGUAACUAUUUUAAUAUGAAGUUGAAUGUCUGAGGCUACUGAACAUCUAAAAUACUGAGGAGAAAGAAUGGGAAGAAAUUAGCAACAUGUCUUUUAAAAGUGCAGACUUCUUUAUAUAAAUUAUAUUUAGGGAAGGUGGUAUCAUCAACCCAGCUCCUGUUCUCUUGUUCACCAACUACCAUCUCUGGGACUACAAACUGUAAGAAAGUUCCUGUCGGUGUUAAGAAACCCUUAAUUACUGACUAGAGUACAACCACUUCAGUACAGACUGCUUUUGAGAAAGUUCUAAAGAAUAUGGACAAAAAAUUCAGAAGACAAAUUUUUAAUAAGAUGUGACUUUUUUCCCUAUACCUGAAUAAACUACCAUAUGAUUAUAUAUGAGACUCAUCAAACAGAAGCAGAAAAUUCAAGCUACUCCUUAAAAUGAUUCAUUCAAUGAAGAAAUCAUUGUUUCAUAUGUCCCUGAAGAAAGCACCAUUCAAGUUGCUGAAACAGAAAUUAAGAAGCACAGACUGAACAAAGACAAAAUAUUAAGAUUUUAAAGUUAAAUUAAAGUGGUGUCUAACUAUAUGUCCUAGUAACUUAUUUUUAAUCAAGGGAGAAGUUUACAUUACGUACACUAGUCUUAAAGGAAUAGUGUAGGUUGAAAACGUUCACGAGUUGUUUUUUUUUUAGAGUUGCAAGUAACACCUAAAUUUCUAAAACUGAAAGAAGUCAAAUGA